AUGGCUGAACGUGGAGGUUUUCGAGGUGGAUUUGGUAGUGGCGAACGGAGUGGUAGAGGUGGUCGUGGUGGCGGUGAACGAAGUCGUGGUCGUGGUCGAGGUCGGGGUGGACGUGGUGGAAGGGGUGGAAAAGAAGGUGAUAAAGAAUGGGUUCCAGUAACGAAGCUGGGUCGUUUGGUUAAAGACCGAAAAAUCACCUCGCUUGAAGAAAUAUACCUGAACUCAUUACCUAUUAAAGAAUAUGAAAUUAUCGAUAUGUUGUUAUCUAAUUUAAAGGAUGAGGUACUAAAAAUAAUGCCAGUGCAGAAACAAACUCGUGCUGGUCAGCGUACACGCUUUAAGGCUUUUGUUGCUAUUGGAGAUCACAAUGGGCAUGUAGGCUUGGGAGUGAAGUGUUCAAAAGAAGUUGCUACAGCUAUUCGUGGUGCGAUCAUUGCUGCGAAGUUAUCAGUCAUCCCUGUACGGCGCGGAUAUUGGGGUAACAAAAUUGGCCAACCACAUACCGUACCCUGCAAGGUCACAGGAAAAUGUGGUUCAGUGCUGGUGCGUCUUAUUCCUGCUCCUAGAGGCACUGGUAUUGUUUCGGCACCUGUGCCGAAAAAACUACUUCAAAUGGCUGGUGUGGAGGAUUGCUAUACGUCCGCUGUUGGACAAACUGCUACGCUGGGGAAUUUUGCAAAGGCAACCUAUGCAGCGAUUCAGCGCACCUAUUCAUAUUUAACACCUGAUUUGUGGAAGGAACAAUCUCUAGAGAAAACUCCAUAUCAGCGUUAUUGGGAGUUCCUUGCGCAAAGCGCACCUGUUCGAGUUUGA